AUGAACCCGCUGUCUGUGUCAUUUCCGCUCUGGCUGGUUUUCACAUUCAAUCAAAUGGCAACGCUGAGCAGUGGCUCGUCUCGGAGUUUAGUCCAGUAUGUCAUCGUCCGAUCAGACCUAAUUCACACUUUGUCGUGGCCUUUAGGGGCGGUUAUAACUCAAGCCUGUCACGCGGCCACCGCUGUUAUACAUUUACACUACAGUGACUCUGAUACUCAGGAAUAUCUGGCAGAACUGGACAGCAGGCACAAAGUAGUUCUGCAGGCACCAGAUGAGGCAUCUCUCUCCGCUCUUUCCAGUAGUCUACUGGAAAAAGACAUUGCACAUAAGCUAUGGAUGGAGCAGCCAGAGAAUAUCCCCACGUGUCUGGCAUUGAAGCCCUACCCUAAAGAGACCGUGCAGCCAUUUCUAAAAAAGUUCAAGCUUUUCAAAUGAAUUCUGUACGAAUUGUACUAUAUAAACACAAAGAUUGUUCAGAAUGGAA